CUUACUCUCAUCAUCAUCAUCUUAUAAAUACACACCACCACUCGCCACCCACCUUCCUCUCUCUCUCUCUCUCUCUCUCUCUCUCUCUCUAAAAAAAACACAUAUUACCCAUCAUCACUCCCAUUGAUCUUUGAAUCUUUGGUUUUAUUUAUUUGUUUAGUCGUCUCGUCGUCGUCGUCCUCCAAAUCCAAUCUCAAGUCUCUCAACUAAGCUUCUUUCUUCUUCUUCCUCUUCUUUCUUUACUUUACUUUACUUUACGAAUCAUAAUAAUUACCUCCUUUUCCUCUUCACUCACUCAACUACUCAUCAUUUUAUUUCAAUUCAUUGCAAUUCCUCCGCUUCCCUUUUCAACCAUGGCUUUGACUGCUGCCUGUAAACUACUUGUGGUACUCAUGACGAUGACGAUGGUGAGUUUAGUUCGCGCUGAUCCAGAUUUGCUUCAAGAUAUUUGUGUUGCUGAUCUCAACUCUGCCAUAAAAGUGAACGGGUUCCCCUGCAAGUCAAAUGCGACGGCGGAGGACUUCUUCUCCGACGUCCUUGCGAAGCCCGGCGCCACCAACAACUCCGCCGGUUCUCUGGUCACCGGCGCCAACGUCCAGAAAAUUCCAGGCCUGAACACCCUCGGAGUUUCCCUGUCCCGCAUCGACUACGCCCCCGGCGGCCUCAACCCGCCGCACACCCACCCACGCGCCACCGAGGUGGUCUUCGUCCUCGAAGGCGAGCUCGACGUCGGAUUCAUCACCACCGGCAAUGUCCUCUUCUCAAAGCACAUCAAGAAGGGCGAAAUCUUCGUCUUCCCCAAAGGCUUAGUCCACUUUCAGAAGAACAACGGCAAAACCCCCGCCGCCGUCAUCGCCGCCUUCAACAGCCAGCUUCCGGGGACGCAGUCCAUCGCAACCACCCUCUUCGCGGCGGCGCCGCCGGUGCCGGACGAUGUGCUCGCUAAGGCGUUCCAUAUCGGGACGAAGCAGGUGGAGAAGAUGAAGUCCAGAUUUGCUCCCAAAAAUUGAAAAUACAAAUGAAUGGGAAUUGAUUUAAUUAUUAAAUUGGGUCCGUCUGGUUUGGUUGAAUUUAUUUUAUUUAUGAGCGGAAAAUAAAAUGAAAUUUGUGUCGUUGAUGAUUUUCUGUGAUGAUGAUGGGCAGGACAAAUAAGAUUUAUGAAAUCUCUUCCUUUCAAUACAGCUUGUCGGGUGUUCCUUGUAUCACAUCUACGUGUCGCGUGUCAUUGAGCUAAUAUUUUUAUAUUUGUAUUAUAUUUUCAUAUUCA